AUGGGAUCAAAUUUGAAGUCUAAGGUUCCGAUUCUUGAUCUCACGAGCCAACAAGACCUGAAACCAAACACAUCCACGUGGCGUUCCAUUUCCAAAGAAGCCUGUGAAGCCUUGGAGGAAUACGGAUGUUUCGUGGCGGUGUACGACGGAGUGACACAGCAACUAGACGAUUCCGUCUUCGCCGCUGCUGAGGAACUGUUCGAUCUACCGACGGAGACAAAGAGGAAGAACGUGAACGAGAAGCCGUACCAUGGCUACGUUGGUCAAAUGCCUGUAAUUCCUCUUCACGAAGGUCUUGGAAUUGACUAUGUUACCAACAAAGAAGAUGCUCAAAGAUUCACUCAUCUCAUGUGGCCUCAAGGAAAUCAUCAGUUUUGCGAAACCGUGUACGCUUUCUCAAACGCGGUUGCAGAAUUAGAUAGACUAGUGGUGAGGAUGAUAUUUGAGAACUACGGUGUCGAGAAACACUACGAUUCGCACGUUGGAUCAAAGACUUACCUACUAAAGUUCCUCAAGUACUUGGCUCCACCAGAGUCUACCUCAAUGCCAGCUUUUCCUCAGCACACUGACAAGACCUUCUUAUCCAUACUUCACCAAAACGAAGUGAAUGGUUUAGAGGUAAAAUCAAAGGACGGUGAAUGGAUAACCCUUCAACUCCCACCCACGUCAUUCGUCGUCAUGGCUGGUGACGUCUCUAUGGGUUGGAGCAACGACAGGAUACGUUCUUGUGACCAUAGAGUGACAAUGGCAGGAGAUAAGACGAGGUACACUUUAGGUCUUUUCUCGUUUGUCACGGGAAUGAUUUCGAUCCAUGAGGAGCUUGUGGACGAUGAACAUCCUCUUGUGUACAAGCCAUUCGACAACAUCGCUCUCAUAAACUUCUACGCAACCAAAGAAGGCCGUGAAGCGACGUCUACUCUCAAAGCAUAUUGUGGUAUCUAA